AUGACCUCAACUGGAAAUGGAAUACGCCCCAUUGAGACAGCGUCCGUCGGUAACAUCACUGCUGGGCAGGUCAUCGUCGACCUCCAAAGCGCGGUGAAGGAGCUUGUGGAGAACAGCUUAGACGCGAAGGCGACCAGUAUUGAGGUUCGGCUCAAGGAUAGUGGUCUCACCCUGAUCGAGGUCGUGGACAAUGGCGAGGGCAUAGCCCCCGACGACUACGCCAACGUAGGACUUCGACAUGCAACCUCUAAGCUGUCUUCAUUCGAAGACCUGACGUCGGUGAACUCUUUUGGCUUCCGUGGCGAAGCGCUCUUCUCCUUGUGCGCAUCGGCGGAAAGGGUGACGAUUACGACGUCUACUGGAGCAAAUGGGCCUAUGGGCACCGUUCUAGAGUUUGACCGGUCUGGGAAACUUGUGAGGAGCGACAAGAAGGUCGCCCGGACGCGCGGAACAACAGUGUCCGUUCAUAACGUCUUCUUCAUUGCCGCAGUCCGAAAGAAAGAAGCUCAACGGAACGUGAAGCGCGAGAUGGAUAGGGUCUUACGACUCAUGCACGCGUACACUCUCGUACCAUGCACCCAGCAGAAUGGCGGAGUAAAGCUCGUUCUUACGAACCAGUCGUCUAACGGGAAGAAGACUGUACCGCUGGGAAAUCAAGCUCAGAGGACGACAUCGUUGCGUCAAGCUGUAUCCAACCUUUGGACAUCCAAGGCAUUGGAGCAUCUAGUCGACUUGGAUCUCGAAUUCGAGGUUGAGAUCGCAAAGAUCGUGAUGCGAAGGCGCGGGCUGGAUAAGACGAGCAAUAACACUGUGCGCGUGCGCGGUUUGAUCUCCAAGUUCUCGGUGGGAUGCGGGCGCAGCAGUGCCGACCGUCAGUUCUUCUUCGUGAACGGGCGCCCAUGUGACCCCUCUAAAGUCACCAAAGCGAUGAACGCCGUCUACAAGACCUUUAACAUGACGCAGUCUCCGUUUAUCGUGGCCGACUUCAUUAUCCCGACGGAUGCUUGUGACAUCAACGUUAGUCCCGACAAGCGUCAGAUCCUACUGCACAGCGAGGACCAUCUCAUCGAAGCUCUCAAGCGGGCUUUGCAAGAGAAGUUUGGAGACGCGCGAUCAACCUUUUCCGUCAACAAUGCGCAGGCUGCCCCUUCCUCCUCUCAAGCAUCACUGUCUCGUAACUCGUCGUCGCAAGCCGUGUCAGAAGCGGACAAACCUCCCAUUCGCCCCCGGCUUCGGAAACCAGUGAACAGCGACUCGCUCGAUCUUGACGAGGGUGAGGACCACGAACAGGCUCCGUCGGCAGAACCCGAAUCCGAACCUCCUCGACUCACAACACGCUCGUCCUCGCCAGAGCUCCACUCCAACCACGCGUCCGAGAAUGCUUUAGAGGCCUCCAGCUUCGCGAAGGCAAAGAUAACGCCGCGUACACGUCUUACCUCUCCGGAGGCUCUCUCAUCUUAUGCCGGUCGUCGCUCUCCCGCGCAGAUCGAGCGUAUCGUGUCUGCCGCACCCAGCCGGCCGAGCUCCUCGAGGCAUCGCGAUGUGCAGAUGGUAUUGGACACGUCUGGCGCGGCGUGGAACUUGCGCCGUGAAAGCGCAGAACCACCGAGGAAGCGACCGCGGGUGGUAGAUGAGCCGGUGCUUCAACGCAACGCGUCGUUAUCGUCUUCUUCAAGUAAUACGUCUCGACUGGCUCGCGCGGGCCUUCGCGACAAGCUCAAGGACUUUGCUCGUGCGGGUAGCCAUGCACCGCUCGAGGAUAUAGGCAACGUCGGAGAUACUGAGCCAGACGAAGAAGAGGUCGGCGGCGGUGCCCGAACGGAAGACGUGGACGAGGAGAUGCUUGAUAGCGAUCAUCGUGGGGCAUCUUCGCCGCCGAUCCGCGCUCUGCGCGUCGAUCCUGAGACGCAAACGGAUGAUAGCUGGACUCAGGAAGACCAACUUGCCGGUACUGGUCCAAUGAACGUGGAUGAUGAUGGGCCAGAUCGCGCUCCCUCCCUCCGGCAUACGGCUGAGAAAAGGCCCAAGUCUGCAUCACUAUCACCAUCACCAGCCCCAGAAACCCUUCCUUCGGCUCGCUCCUCGACGCCGCUAUUCCUCAGCGACGACGAGGAUGAUGGCCCUCCUAAUGAACCUACGCGUCCCACGGAGGAGCGCGAGUCCUCUCCACCCAUUGACUACGAGAUGUCUUCGGACUUACACGUCAUGCCCGCCGUCAGCUCUCGUCAAGAGACGCAGGACGACGAAGUGGACGUCGACGACGUUACUCAGGAUCCCUCGCAGGAUGUCAAGUUGGAGGAUGACCAUUCCUCCAGCAUGGUUGCGGAGACUGAGCCGCUCUCUGAAGGUAGUGGCAAACCUGAAGUCACACGCACAGUCGAGGAUACUUGCGAUGUCACAGUACCAUUCGAGCUUGAUCGUUUGAGAGCCUUCUGGCAGGCUCGUCGAGCUCUUUCUUCCUCAUCAGCCACACGAUCCAACCCUGACGGCGCGAUGCAAGUCGACGGGCCACACCAGGAUGAGGCUGCUGGUCUUGCGAACAUCGAUGAUGAAGCAGCCGCGGCUGAUGCGCUUUCACGAGUCUUGAGUAAGGACGACUUUGCACGGAUGGAGGUUGCAGGACAGUUCAAUAAGGGCUUCAUCAUCGGCCGACGGCGGACUGAUACCCUCGACGAUCUCUUCAUCAUCGAUCAGCAUGCUGCGGAUGAGAAGUACAACUUUGAGACGCUGCAGCAGAAGACCAAGAUGGAGUCUCAGCGUCUAUAUCAACGCAAAGUCCUCGAGCUACCUGCCGCAGAUGCUCUCGUCGCUAUCGACAACAUCGACGUACUACGUCAGAACGGAUUCGAAGUUGAGGUCGAGGGCGAUGAGGAGGACGACAUGACCCGUCGAGUUGUGCUCCUCGCCAAGCCCGUCAGCAAGAGUACAACAUUCGAUGAGCGUGACCUCGAGGAACUCAUUCACCAGAUGCGGGACUUGCCGGCCGGGACGAUGGUGCGACCCUCAAGGAUACGCGCCAUGUUCGCAAGUCGUGCCUGUCGCAAGAGUGUGAUGGUCGGACACCCCCUCACGAAGCAACAGAUGACCACGAUCGUGAGGCAAAUGGAGGGCAUGGAUCAGCCAUGGCAUUGCCCGCAUGGGCGUCCAACUAUGCGCCACCUUGCUGAUAUCUCCUCGCUUACCCGGAAACCUAUCGCUGGUGUGAACUGGAGUAUCGCGCGACCGGAGUUCGAGUAG